GUUCUUUUCGGCUGGAAUGGGGAAUUUGUGAGGUAGGCCGGGAGUGGUGUUGCGGAGGGAAUUGUCGGGGAGAUCAGAGGUGCAGCUCUGCUGGAGAGACCUGAGGCUUGCAACGCUGGGCCCGGCCGAGUCGCUGCGGCUGGGCUGGAGGUGAGGCGAAAGAAGGGCAUCCUCUGAUGGGAGUGGACCGGAGUCCGCUAAAGCGAAACAUUCCAGGGUCAAGGAUGCAUUCCAGGAAAGUUCCAUAAAAAUAUACCAUCAACUCCAACCUGAUAUUUGACCUAGCUGUGGAAAACCUCAUUGGCUCCUCACUAGAUCAGACCAUAAAAAUGAUUCAGGAAUGAAAAUCUAAGAUGAAUUCCCACCACUUCAAGAUGUUCUUAUACAAGUCAACAGUCUAGCAGAUCAGCCAGUCUCUUUCAUCAUCAAGCAGACAUACUCAAGGUACCAACACAGCAAAGGCACAAAAUGUCUCUAUAUCAGUAUUUUUCAUGGUGUAUGUGAGACCCAUUAGUGAGGCAUGAAAUCAAUUCUGUGAGUCACAAUGAACAUUUUUUUAAAAAACGAAAUAAAAUGUAAAAUACCAAAGUGUUUUGCAUGAAUCCUUUGCCUGAAUUGUGCACAUUGCAAGGAAUGCUGAGGUCAGUUUCAAUAUGUGAGAGGGGUAUUUGAUGGAGGAGAUAUGUUGAAUAGAAUGUAUAUUGGCUAAGAAAUGGUUUUCAGUUAUUGAUUCCUGGGUGUCUUGCUUGAUUUUCAUAAUAGCAAGGUUAAUGUUGUAUAGUCAAGUUUUAUGUUACAAUUACUUGCAACUAGUUGUGAAGUCUGAAAUAUUCAAUUCAAUUGCAAACUUUGUAGUUUUUGAAAAGAUGUUAGACUAUAUAUUUUUUCUUCUUUUUUGAGUUAGUGCCAAUUAUAACAUUUUAAUCAAACUGGAACAAAUUGCUAUUAAAAUGGAUCAUUUCUUUAUUAAAAGAAAGAGGAAUAGUGAAGUGAAAUAUACAGAAGCAUGUUCAAGUUCAUCUGUUGAAUGUGGAAUUGUGAAUAGUGACAAUACUGAGAAAAAUACUGACUCCAAUCUGCAAACUUCAACUUCAUUUGAGCCACAUUUCAAAAAAAAAAAAGUAAGUGCAAGACGUUAUAAUGAAGAUUACUUAAAAUAUGGCUUUAUCAAAUGUGAAAAACCCUUUGAAAAUGACAGACCUCAGUGUGUUAUUUGUAAUAAUAUUCUUGCGAAUGAAAGCUUAAAACCUUCGAAAUUAAAAAGGCACUUAGAAACUCAGCAUGCUGAACUUAUUGACAAGCCUCUUGAAUAUUUUCAAAGAAAGAAAAAAGACAUAAAGUUAUCAACACAAUUUCUUAGUUGUUCUACUACUGUUAGUGAGAAAGCCUUAUUAUCAUCAUAUUUAGUUGCAUAUCGUGUGGCAAAAGAGAAAAUAGCCAACACAGCUGCUGAAAAAAUUAUUCUUCCAGCAUGUUUGGAUAUGGUGCGUACAAUAUUUGAUGAUAAAUCAGCUGAUAAAUUAAAAACUAUACCUAAUGAUAACACAGUAUCUCUUCGAAUUUGUACUAUUGCAGAACAUUUAGAAACAAUGCUUAUUACUCGUUUACAGUCUGGUAUAGAUUUUGCAAUCCAGCUUGAUGAAAGCACUGAUAUUGGAAGCUGCACAACACUUUUAGUUUAUGUCAGAUAUGCGUGGCAAGAUGAUUUUAUGGAGGAUUUUUUGUGUUUUUUAAAUUUAACCUCACACCUAAGUGGAUUAGAUAUUUUUACAGAAUUAGAAAGGUGCAUAGUUGGCCAAUAUAAAUUAAACUGGAAAAACUGUAAAGGAAUUACAAGUGAUGGCACAGCAACCAUAACUGGAAAACAUAGCAGAGUAAUUAAAAAAUUACUAGAAGUUACUAAUAAUGGUGCUGUGUGGAAUCAUUGUUUUAUACAUCGUGAAGGUUUAGCAUCCAGAGAAAUUCCACAGAAUCUCAUGGAAGUAUUGAAAAAUGCAGUGAAAGUUGUUAAUUUUAUUAAAGGAAGCUCACUGAAUAGCCGGCUUCUUGAAACAUUUUGUUCAGAGAUUGGAACUAAUCAUACCCACUUACUAUAUCAUACCAAAGUUCGUUGGUUGUCUCAAGGGAAAAUACUAAGCAGGGUUUAUGAGCUCAGGAAUGAGAUUCACUUUUUUCUCAUUGAAAAAAAAUCUCAUUUGGCAAAUAUUUUUGAAGAUGAUAUUUGGGUAACAAAACUGGCAUAUUUAACUGAUAUUUUUAGCAUUCUUAAUGAACUGAGUUUAAAACUACAGGGGAAAAACAGUGAUGUAUUCCAACAUGUUGAAAGUAUCCACGGAUUUCGAAAGACAUUAUUGUUAUGGCAAGUAAGACUUAAAAGUAAUCGUCCUAGCUAUUACAUGUUUCCAAGAUUUUUGCAACAUAUUGAAGAGAAUAUUAUUAAUGAAAACAUUUUGAAAGAAAUAAAAUUAGAGAUAUUGUUGCAUCUCACUUCUCUGUCUCAAACUUUUAACCAUUUCUUUCCAGAAGAAAAAUUUGAAACAUUAAGGGAAAACAGUUGGGUAAAAGAUCCAUUUGCUUUUCGAAACCCUGAAUCAAUAAUUGAGCUAAACUUGGUGCCUGAAGAAGAGAAUGAAUUAUUGCAGCUUAGUUCUUCAUAUACAUUGAAGAAUGAUUAUGAGACCUUAAGUUUAUCAGCAUUUUGGAUGAAGGUAAAGGAAGACUUUCCAUUGUUAAGUAGAAAGAGUGUCCUGCUAUUACUACCAUUCACAACAACUAGUUUGUGUGAACUAGGGUUUUCCAUCUUAACUCAGUUAAAAACAAAGGAAAGAAAUGGGCUGAAUUGUGCAGCAGCUAUGCGGGUAGCAUUAUCUUCCUGUGUUCCAGACUGGAAUGAACUUAUGAACAGGCAAGCACACCCAUCAUAGUAAAUAAAAAUCUUACCUAGUUUUUGUCUUUGUAUUUCUUAUUUUGUAGUAUUUUUCUAUGUUAUAUUUAAAUGAUACUAUAAUAUUGUGAUACUUUUGUUAUGUUUUAAUUUUUGUUAUAUUUAAUAAAAUUAUUUUAUGUUCAUUGAACAAAAAUUUAAUGAAUUUCUAUUAGAAGCCAGGAACUAUUCCAGAGACAUUUGGGAUACAAAAGUGAACAAAACAGAUAAUUCCCUAGUAAAGUUUAUAUCCUGGCAAGGAGAAAUUGACAAUAAACCUAAUAAAUAAGCUUUAUAAUAUUUAGAAGCUAUUAAGUGCUAUGGAAAGAGUAGUAAGAAGGAAAGUCAGGGAAGUACUGGGGAACCAAACCAUGAAGGGUUCUGUAGACAAUUAUUGGGCCUCUGGCUUUUGUCAGUGGACUAGAGAACAGUUGAAGGGUUUAAGCGAAGGAGAGAAAUGAUCUGAGCUAGGUUUUAAAAGACACUGGUCACUAAUUUAAAUUCUUAGGGUAAGUCUGAAUUAAAUGUUACUUUCCCUUCACUGGGCAUGGUGGCUCAGACCUGUAAUCCCAGCACUUUGGCAGGCCGUGGCAGAAGGAUCUGUUGAGCCCGUGGUUCAAGACCAUCCUAGGCAACAUAGUGAGACCUUGUUUCUACUAAAACUGUUUUAAAAAUAAGUCAGGUGUGGUGGUGCACACCUGUAGUCCCAGCUACUCAGGAGGCUGUGGCGAGAGGGUCGCUUGAGCUCAGGAGUUUGAAGUUGCAGUCAUCUAUGAUUGCACCGCUGCAGUCCAGCCUGAGCAACAGAGUGAAACCCUGUCUCAAAAAAAUUAAAUGUUACUUCCCUAAAAAAACCUUUUCUAACCACCCUAGGGUAAAUCCUCCAUUAUUCCUUUUAUUUCUUUGUUUUCCUUGUAGUAUAUAAUUUGUAAUAAUUUUGAUUACUGAUUGUCAUUCUGCCACCCUGGAGUAUAUAAUUUUUAAUUAUCUAAUUACUGUUAUUCUUCCAUAGUAGGGGAGGUGAUAUCCAUUUGCCUGAUACAUAGUAUGUGUUCAAUAUACAUUUGCUAAAGAAUAAAUGAAUCAGUAAUACCUAACAUCUCUAAUUUGCAGUCAUUCCCAAGAGUAAUUAUUUAAUAUGUGACAAAUUUCUUUGCCUUUUUUACUUUUAAAAAUCUAAUUUUGACAUAACUUCUGUAACCAUCCAGAAACGGCAUUGAUGUUGCUUCUUCACAUUGUUGCUGAUGCUUAAGCAAUGUAUAUUGUGUAAUAUACAAUAUAGUCUUCAAACUAA